AUGGCCGAGGUAGUCAAGGCAGCGGUCUCACGCCAGCUACCAAGCUUCAGGCUUGGUCAAAAGCAGGUGUAUCUGCCGACGCACAUCAUCACCAUGCUUCACAAGGAGCAUCUCCCGGCAAACGAAGCCUGCUUCCAGGUCCCUCUCACAUUCACCAAAUUCGAUCUCCGCGACUACCUAUUUAACCUUUAUAACGUCGAGGUCAAGACAGUGCGGUCCUACGUCAAGGGGCGGCCACUAGCGGAGCGAGCGAACCGACCCGGCUCGUCGUACCGGCCGCAGGCGCUCAAAAUCAUGACGGUUGAGCUCGCGCAGCCGUUUCAGUGGCCGAGCCCGCCCGAGGACCUGCAACCGUGGAACCACGAACUGUUUGAGAUGCGCGAGGCGUCAAUGGUCGGCCGCCAAGAGGACCAGUACAACGCUGCCAACUUCAAGAUCCCGAUGGCGAGUCGCCAGCCCAGGUCGGACGAGCGGAAGCAGCUGUCGGCCCUCGCCAAGGACCUCGUCACGGGCCGGAAAAAGUGGUCCAACGAGGUGCCGCUCGACUCUAAAUGGGACACGGUCGUGCAGCAGGCGGCGGGUACAAGGACAGCAGGCAGCCGGGGCAAGAAGGAGACGGCCGCAGAGAGAAUUGCCCUGCGCAACGACGCCAAGGAUAAGGCGGCCAGGAGGAAGCCCAAGCCUGCGCAAUAA